AAUUUCCCUAGUGAGUAUAGUUGCCAUUUCUAUUUUGCGAAAUGGCUGCUGUUUCAGACUUUUUUUCAUUAGGAAGUAUUGUUUGGUGUAGAACUUGUUAUAAUAAAGAAAUCGAAGGAGAAGUUUUGGCAUUCGAUCCACAAACGAAAAUAUUAAUACUAAAAUGUAUUCCCACAAGUGGAGAUCCAAAAUUGAAUGACAUUCAUUUUGUUAAUUUAUCCCUGGUUAGUAAAUUAGAAGUCAAGAAAGAAGUUACAAAUGGCCCAGAAAUUCCACAAUCCUUGAAUUUACAAAGGCUAAAUACUAGAGUACGGAAUCAAGUAGAUGAAAAGAGGCGAAUAUUUCAAGCAAUAUCUGCAAAUGUUAGUUCUGAAGGUCAGAGAUUGUUCAUAGCUAUAGCUAAAACAAUUAGUGAGGUUAGGUGGAACGAUUCAGAAAUUGUGGUUUUUAAUCGAGAUGUUAUAAUUAGUCCACCUUACCAAUUGGAAAAUAUAAGGGGAAAUACAAACAGUAAAGAAUACACAUAUAUAAGGAAAGUGGUCGAGAAACACAUGAAUGAUUUAGCCUUAAACAGCCAGAGUCAAGGAGUUUGCCAGAACAGUACUUUGCAAUAAGUUAAAACAAGAUCUAGAUAAUUUAUAUAUCUAUUGUAUGAUAUACCUCUGUUACAUUUGAUUUUCAACAAAAAAUCCGAAAAAACUAUUUUUUAUUUGCAUAUCAUUGUAUUAAAUCACAAACUUUUUACAAAGUGAAAAUCAUUGUUUUUUUUUUGUUCAUUUUUUAUGAUUUUGUAUUGGACAGUAUACAGUUUCAACUUUGUUUUUGCCAAUACAAUAUUCAUCUAUUUAUUUUAUAUGAAUAAAAAUAAUAAUUUACUA